UGAGAAACAGAGAGAGCUCACAGAGAUUAAAGAAAAGAAAAAGAAAAAAAAAUUACCGAGGGACUGAGAUUGACCAUGAAUGAGAGAAAGAAGCACGUCUACACCGCUAAGCUCGCCGAGCAAGCCGAGCGCUACGAUGAAAUGCUGGAGGCGAUGACGAAAGUGGUGAAGCUUGGCGUGGAGCUCACUGUCGAGGAGCGAAACCUUCUGUCUGUGGGGUACAAGAACGUGAUCGGAGCUCGUAGGGCUUCGUGGAGGAUACUGUCGUCAAUCAAGCAGAAGGAGGAGAGCAAAGGGAAUGAGCAGAAUGUGAGCCGUAUCAAGGAGUUCAGCAACAAGGUGGAGACUGAGCUCCCGAGCAUUUGCACUGACAUCAUGACGGUUAUUGAUGAGCAUCUCCUUCCAUCUUGCUCAGAUUUCGAGUCCACUGUGUUCUUCUACCAAAUGAAAGGAGAUUACUAUCGCUACUUGGCAGAGUUUAAGACUGGCGAUGAGAGGAAAAAGGUUGCUGAUCAGUCAAUGGAAGCUUAUCAGGCAGCUUCUAGCGAAGCAGAGACUCAUUUACCUCCCACACAUCCCAUCAGGCUGAGAUUGGCCUUGAACUUCUCUGUCUUUUACUAUGAAAUCUUGAACUCUCCUGAAAGAGCUUGUCACCUUGCAAAGCAAGCCUUUGAUGAAGCUAUCUCUGAGCUGGAUACUCUCUAUGAGGAAUCAUACAAGGGCAGCACCUUAAUCAUGGAACUCUUGAGGGACAACCUUACAUUGUGGACUUCUGACAUUCCAGAGAAUGGAGUUGAAGAAGUGAAGAAGCUGGACCAGUAUCUAGGUGGUGCCUUCUUUUGCAAAGGUUCCAGAAGGAAAGCCUCGACAGGUACCACGACAAUUUCCACGAAACGAAAUGGUUGCAUAUAUGCUGUUGGGGAUGGGCGUGAGACUUCUGUGAAAACAAAUGAAAUAGUCGGAGGCAAGUGCAAAAAACUGGUCAAUGUCCACGGUAGAAUUUUGGCCACAACAGCUGGUGAAAGUAAUCGGUGUGAGUAUAUGAUAAAGAAGGUACGGGAGCAAGUACAAGAUUACAAAAGUAUCGGACAGAUUGUUGACGACCUUCAAGGUUUGAUUGAUGAUUGGCACUUGUACAAGGAAGCAAAGGACGGACAGAGCUCUAAGAAGAGAGAGAACAGAAUCUAUCCUGCUCAGAUAGGACUUAUGGGAUAUAAGGGAAAUCAGAGUAGUACGGCAUCAGUGUUUCUAUAUAAAAGGGACGUUCAUUCAAUAACAGAAUAUAUUGUUUCGCCCUAGGUAUGGGAGAUGCAUUUUGUAUGCAUCAUAUGUACAAACCAUUAAUUUAUCAAAAAGUAAUUAGUUUGAUUUUCUUACAGUGAGC